UGUUGUGGGUUUGGACAGCUGGUGCUUGCGGGCUGGAGAUGGAGAUAUUGUAGUGGGAAAAAUAGGGGAGCAGGCCCUAUUCCAUCUCUGGGUCUGGGUGCUCUUGGUGAAGUUGCUUGUGCUUUUUAUGAAUCACCUUUUAUUAGAAAGAUGGGGAGUGUUGAGAGGCCAAUGAAUCACUGUACAGUAUGUCUGUUGAUCUUCAGAUAAAAAGUGCUAAAGAAACAUAGCUUAUUUUGUAUUAUGUGGGGAACAACAGAGGGUCACUCAGCACCUUCCAAUUGGAAAAAUAUAAAAAUGUGUCGUGUAGAAACAUGAUUGAAUCAUCUGCCCUCUUGCUGUCCCCUCCCCAAAAUGGGGUAGUGCCAUAUUUAAAGUCAGUCACAGUCAAAUACAGAUCUGUCCAAAUCUUUGAGGAAGAUGAACCUUGGUGUCCAAUACUCUACACUGAAUUGAAGAAGGCAAUUAAUGCAUUUGUGAAGUGAUCUUGUGAGUUGUUGCUGAGGAGCUGAGGCGGUCUUGUGAUAAGGAAUGGGUGUCCUGCAGUCUUCUUCCCAGAUUGUUGGUUUAGGAAGAUGUGAAGGGAGGAAAAAGUCCUUCAAAAAAUCAAAGUAUAAACAAGGGUUGACAGACGGGUAGAGUCUGAAGAGUCAGGAGAUGAAGAAGGAAAGAAGCAAGCAGGUUGCAUAGUAACAGACCUCAGUCAGCAGAGCUUGAAAGAUGAGCAGAACGGGGAGAACUUAACAGGAGAAGCAGAGACGCCAGUGGAUAUGGAGACAAUUAACCUGGACCCAGAAGCUGAGGAUGUUGACUUGAAUCACUUCCGAAUAGGGAAGAUCGAGGGAUUUGAAGUGCUCAAGAAAGUGAAGACUCUGUGUCUGCGUCAGAAUUUGGUUAAGUGCAUCGAGAACCUGGAACAGCUGCAGACUCUCAGAGAGCUGGAUCUCUAUGACAAUCAGAUUCGGAAGAUUGAGAACUUGGAGGCCCUGACAGAUCUUGAGAUCCUGGACAUCUCUUUUAACUUGCUGCGACACAUUGGAGGACUAGACCGGCUCACCCAGCUGAAAAAACUCUUCCUGGUCAACAACAAAAUCAGCAAAAUUGAGAACCUGAGCAACCUACAGCAGUUACAGAUGUUGGAGCUGGGAUCCAAUCGAAUCCGGGCCAUUGAGAAUAUCGACAGCCUGACUAGCCUGGACAGCCUGUUCCUGGGAAAGAACAAAAUCACGAAACUCCAGAACUUGGACGCGCUGACGAACUUGACAGUGCUCAGUAUACAGAGCAACCGGCUGACCAAGAUCGAGGGUCUGCAGAACCUGGUGAAUCUCCGUGAGUUGUACCUUAGCCACAACGGCGUAGAAGUCCUCGAGGGACUGGAGAACAAUAACAAACUUACAAUGCUGGACAUUGCAUCCAAUAGGAUCAAAAAGAUUGAAAAUGUCAGCCAUCUAACGGAGCUCCAGGAGUUCUGGAUGAAUGACAAUCUCAUUGAGAGCUGGAGCGACCUGGACGAGCUGAAGGGAGCCAAGAAUUUGGAAACCGUGUAUCUGGAGAGAAAUCCCCUGCAGAAGGAUCCUCAGUACCGGCGCAAAAUCAUGCUGGCGCUCCCGUCCGUCCGGCAGAUUGAUGCCACGUUUGUCCGAUUCUGAACCUCUGACCUGCCCCUCUCCUCCCGCCUUGGAGAAAUGUCCCAGCUGGGUUUUUAAUCCACUUCCCACCACCCGAGUCUACAGUACACUGGCCCAGAGCAGACGGCCAGUAACAAGCACUGAGUAUCAGAUCUUGUGUACAGCGCACUCUCUUGUUGGUUUUGAAAUAGUAUGAUUAUUAUUAAAUCGUAACACACCA